AUGACCAAUAAUUUAACUGAAAAACUUUUAGUUGAAAUUGCAAAGCCUAAAAAGAAAAGUGCUGAGAUUUCUGAAUUUAGAGAGAAAUUACUAAGAUUUGCUAAGGUUAAGACUGAAAAUGCGAGGCUGAAGCAAAUUAUUGAAAAGGAUGCAAGACAUGAUGCUAUAAAUGUUAAAUUCAAGUUUAGAGUCAAAGAGCUUGAGGCUAGACUUGUAUUAUUAGAACAGAGUUUAGCAGUAGAUGGGAUGGUAUUAUCAUUUGGUCAGAUACAAGCAAUAUCAGUGAUAAUGGUAUUAACUGUUGAUGUAUCUGAUUCUGUGAUAAAUCAACUUAAUAAUGAACAUAUAAAAAAAGCAUUAAUAAUGAGAUUAAAAAGAGGAGGCGAAAAAAAAAGUAGAGAAAUUAAAGAGCAAGAUAAGCAAGAUUUAUUACAAUUUUAUGAGGAGUUGAAGCAACAGUUAUCAUCACCUACACAUAUAUUUACAUCAGAUCAAACUUUAGAAGAACAGAAUCCAUCUUCAAAUAUCACAUAA